AUGAGUGAAAGCAGUGAUGACGAGGAUCGGAAGAGGGAUAAGAAGAGUACAAAGAGGAGAUCCGACAAAGCACGUGAUCGAUCUCGCAGUCCAAUCACACGUGGUCAAUGCAAAUCUCCAAAAUUCAGAGAGAGCCGUUCGUCGAGUCGUGGAACAUUUGAUGGCAUUGACCUUCCCCCACUGCCACCACCACGCCCAAGGUCUCCACAGUAUCACUCCUGUCGUCAAUGUCGUCGCACCUUCGACACUGUUCGGGAGCUCGCGGAGCACGAGGUCAAAGGACAUGACUGUGAGAUACUAUGUUAUCAUUGUGACAAGCACAUGCAUAAGCAAACAAAUCUUGAUUCUCAAAAAUUUGUUCCUCUCCAAAAGCACUCUUAUGUUGUACAACUGUCCAUGUGUUGGUAUCCUCGUCCUCGUCCACGUGGCAAACAGCAUCGAAUCGAUCACUCUGAAAACUCAUUUUGA